AUGGAUAAGUGCUUGACUGCGGCCCUUCAUGACAAUAUGGAUAUUUCUCGCAUUCAAGACCAUGCCCGGAAUUUGGAGGAAAGCCAACAACCGCAAAGAGGUGAGCGUGAGCUUGACAGAGGUUAUCAUAAGAGGGAUAGAUCUUCAGGUCCGAUUGGUGACUCGGGUCAGGCAAGGCCACCCACGCCACGAUGUUCUAAGUGCAGAAAGCUACAUUGGGGCCAGUGUCGAUUAGGCUCAGAUGUUUGCUAUACAUAUGGUCGGCCAGGCUAUAUUAUGCGUGAGCGCCCCUCGAUUGGUGGUAGUGGUAGGGUCCAGCUCUUAGGGUCAGCAGCUGGGUCUUCAUCAUCUAUACGCCCUCCAGGGCAAGGUUCACAGAUGCCAGUCAGCCGUGGUAGAGGCAAAGAAGGAGCUCCCAGUUCUAGUGGCCCUCAGCACCGUAUUUAUGCAUGGGGCUGGGUGACAGGAUCUUGA